GAGGGAGGAGGGACUGGGGCUUCUGGAUUCCUGGGUCUGUGGGAGGAGGGGCUGGGGCUCCUGGAUUCCUGAGUCUGUGGGAAGAGAGGAGUGUCUGAGGGAGGAGGGGCUGGGGACAAACUUCCAGGUCUCUAGCCUUCCUGGCAACGCCCCCCGAGGCCGGACUUCCAGGAUCCAGCCUCUAUUGAGGAUUUGAUGCGACGGCCUCACGGGGCUUUGGAGGUGAAAGAGGCCCAGAGUAGAGAGAGAGACCGACGUACACGGGAUGGCUACGGGAACGCGCUAUGCCGGGAAGGUGGUGGUUGUGACCGGGGGCGGGCGCGGCAUCGGAGCUGGGAUCGUGCGCGCCUUCGUGGACAGCGGGGCCCGAGUGGUUAUCUGCGACAAGGAUGAGUCUGGGGGCUGGGCCCUGGAGCAGGAGCUCCCUGGAGCUGUCUUUAUCCUCUGUGAUGUGACUCAGGAAGAUGAUGUGAAGACCCUGGUUUCUGAGACCAUCCGCCGAUUUGGCCGCCUGGAUUGUGUUGUCAACAACGCUGGCCACCACCCACCCCCACAGAGGCCUGAGGAGACCUCUGCCCAGGGAUUCCGCCAGCUGCUGGAGCUGAACCUACUGGGGACGUACACCUUGACCAAGCUCGCCCUCCCCUACCUGCGGAAGAGUCAAGGGAAUGUCAUCAACAUCUCCAGCCUGGUGGGGGCAAUCGGCCAGGCCCAGGCAGUUCCCUAUGUGGCCACCAAGGGGGCAGUAACAGCCAUGACCAAAGCUUUGGCCCUGGAUGAAAGUCCAUAUGGUGUCCGAGUCAACUGUAUCUCCCCAGGAAACAUCUGGACCCCACUGUGGGAGGAGCUGGCAGCCUUAACGCCAGACCCUAGGGCCACAAUCCGAGAGGGCAUGCUGGCCCAGCCACUGGGCCGCAUGGGCCAGCCCGCUGAGGUCGGGGCUGCGGCAGUGUUCCUGGCCUCUGAAGCCAACUUCUGCACGGGCAUUGAACUGCUCGUGACGGGGGGUGCAGAGCUGGGGUACGGGCGCAAGGCCAGUCGGAGCACCCCCGUGGACGCCCCCGAUAUCCCUUCCUGAUUUCUCUCAUUUCUACUUGGGGCCCCCUUCCUAGGACUCUCCCACCCCAAACUCCAACCUGUAUCAGAUGCAGCCCCCAAGCCCUUAGACUCUAAGCCCAGUUAGCAAGGUGCCAGGUCACCCUGCAGGUUCCCAUAAAAACGAUUUGCAGCCAGAAGGAGGAGGAUAUCGUUAUUAUUUAUUUCCCAUCCUUUAGACGAGUCCUUCUGCCCCACUUAGCCCUUGCACCCCAGACCCACAAGUUGCCUCGACCCUGAAGGACUGCAGCUCCCCCCGCCCCCCAACCCCAGGCCUUGCAGCAAGCAGGUGCCUGAUGUUGCUAGCCCUGUCGCUGUCGCCAGGGGCUCCUGGGAAGGGUAGAGCGGUUUGGCUUCACCAGCGCGCUAACUAAAGGCCCACAGGGGAGAGUAAAUUAAGCGCUAAUUAGGAGGUAAUGGAGGGGGAGACGCAGAAGGCCCUCUUACUCUUGGCCCUCAGGGAAAAGGAGUUUUCCUCUCACUGCCUGUAGAAUAGGAAGGUGGCUGGCAAGAAAAGUCCAAGGGGAAGAGAAAGUAGGGGGUUGAGACAUCUGGAUCAGAGGGAGGAGGGGCUGAAACUCCUGGGUUUUGGUCCGCAGGACACUUGGGGACGCAGACUCCCCAGCUGGACCCAGGAGGGGCGCAGGGCCCG